CUAGAGAAUGUCUGUCACUCUCCCCAGUGUUGCAUUCGAUUCUGGAUGGUUACAGUUCCUCUGUGUCUCAGGCCUAGUCUCCUUCACUCUGACUCUGUGGCUCAUCUUUCUGUUGUGGGGCCUGAGGAGCGAACAUCAGGAGCACAUCUGGAUUAGUACCUGGACAGGAAUUGGUGAGAGGAAAUUAAAGAGCAGGAAUAAAGUUGAGAAGAGGAACAAACGCAUUGAGAUUAAGAAACCACCAAUCGCUGAGGUGAAUGUUCAUGUAGAGAGUGAGACGUCAUCACAGGAACCACAGAGUGAACGUUUACGAAGGAACAAGAAAAGGAAGUCGAGGAAAGCAACCAGCCUUGAGGAUCCCUCUGUUCAACCACAGGAGGUUAUGGAAAAGUGGCAGUUUGUGGGAUCACAGAGAUCUGGGAUGCUGGAGGAUCGGGCUGAAGGAAGUGGAUCUCCCGGGAAAGGCGACACCCUGCCUUGGAACCUGGCGAAACACCAGAGAUUCAAACAGGGCAAAGUUGGCACACAGGGCAGCGGAAUAAUGGAGCCAGCAGAGCGAGCAGUGAUCAGGAUUGCAGAUGAACGGGAUCGAGUCCAGAAGAAAACUUUCACAAAAUGGGUGAACAAACACCUGAUGAAGCAUUGGAAAGCUGAGGCUCAUCAAAGUAUUGAUGAUCUUUACGAAGAUUUACGAGAUGGACAUAACCUGAUUUCGCUGCUUGAAGUUCUCUCAGGGGAAUCUCUGCCCCGUGAGAAAGGCCGGAUGCGAUUUCAUAAGCUGCAGAACGUGGGCAUUGCCCUGGAUUACCUGAAGCAUCGACAGGUUCGGCUUGUCAAUAUCCGGAAUGAUGACAUUGCAGACGGAAAUCCGAAGCUGACGCUGGGUCUGAUAUGGACCAUCAUCCUUCACUUCCAGAUCUCAGAUAUCCAGGUCACUGGCCAGUCUGAAGAUAUGACAGCUAAAGAGAAGCUGCUGCUGUGGUCCCAGAGGAUGGUGGAGGGAUACCCGGACCUGCGCUGUGAGAACUUCACCAGCAGCUGGAGGGACGGCAAACUCUUCAAUGCAGUCAUCCACCGGCACAGGCCUAUUUUGAUAGAUAUGAAUAAAGUUUAUCGACAGAAGAACCAGGAGAACUUGGAGCAGGCCUUCAGCGUUGCAGAGCGGGAGCUGGGGGUCACCAGGCUGCUGGACCCUGAAGAUGUGGAUGUGCCCCACCCAGAUGAGAAAUCAAUCAUUACCUACGUGUCAUCUCUGUACGAUGCGCUGCCACGAGUUCCCAAUGUCGAGGCUGGGAUUAGAGCCAAUGACAUCGAGUUGCAAUGGCAGGAGUACUAUGAGGUGGUGACAUUGCUGAUCCAGUGGAUUCGUCACCACAUCACCAUAUUUGAGGAAAGGAAAUUCCCAGGAACCUAUGAGGAGAUGGAGGUUCUGUGGAGACAGUUCCUGAAGUUUAAAGAAUCAGAUCUGCCCAUUCGAGAGACGGAGAAACAACGCAGCAAGACUCUGUUCAAAAAACUGGAGGGUGCUGUACAGGAGGGCCGCCUCAAGGUGCCAGCAGGUUACCACCCGAUCGAUGUGGAGAAGGAGUGGGGAAAACUACAUGUUGCCAUUCUGGAGCGGGAAAGGGUUCUACGCAGCGAGUUUGAGAGACAGGAGCGAUUCCAAAGGGUUAUCUUGAGGAUUCAGCAGGAAUCGAACACGUGUGAAGAACAAAUCAAACAGUCUGACGCAAUGCUCAAAUCUGAUAUCCGGUUGUUAAACGCUGGGAAAACCCCUCAGAACGUUGCUGUCUUGGAACAUGACCUGGACAAAUCAGACAGUUUGAUUCGAAGCCUCUUCAAUGAUGUCCAGACCCUGAAGGAUGGCAGACAUCCGCAGGCAGAGCAGAUGUACCGCAGGGUGUUCCGUCUGCAUGAGUUCCUGGUCACUACACGGACAGAGUACACUCUCCGGUUUAAGUCUGGAGUCCAACAACCAAUAACAUCAACCACAGUGAUAACUCAGACCAGACUGUCCCCGUCAAAGGCCAGCCCUGCUAUGGAUGGAGUGGCUCUGAAGUAUAUCCAGGAACUGCUGGAGUGGAUAGAGGAGAACCAGAGGCGCCUAGAUGUUGCGGAGUGGGGUGUCGACCUGCCGACAGUGCAGUCCCAGCUGGGAGCUCAUCGAGGAUUACAUCAGUCUAUCGAGGAUUUCCGAGUAAAGAUUGAGAGAGCACGAGCUGAGGAGGCCCAGUUAUCACCCAGUAACCAGACAGCAUACAGGGAUUAUCUUGGUAAACUCGACCUUCAGUACGCUAAGCUGCUGAAUUCCUCCAAAUCCCGACUCCGUAACCUGGAGAGUUUGAACACGUUUGUUUCCAUGGCGACCAAGGAGUUGAUGUGGCUGAAUGAUAAGGAGGAGGAGGAGGUUGAUUAUGAUUGGAGCGAGCGAAACACCAACAUGGCAGCCAAGAAAGACAACUACUCGGGCCUGAUGAAAGAGCUGGAGCUGAAAGAGAAGAAAGUGAACAGUAUUCAGAACACAGGUGACAAGCUGCUUCGAGAUAGUCAUCCUGCUAAACAGACCAUCGAGGCUUUUAUGGCUGCUUUGCAGACACAGUGGAGUUGGAUUCUGCAGUUGUGCUGCUGCAUUGAAGCACAUCUGAAGGAGAACACAGCAUACUUCCAGUAUUUCUCAGACGUGAAAGAUGCGGAGAAUUUCCUGAAGAAAUUGCAGGAUUCGAUAAAGAGGAAGUACACAUGUGACCGCUCCAUUACUGUCACUCGCCUUGAGGAUUUACUCCAAGAUUCCGUAGAGGAGAAAGAACAGCUUUGUGAUUACAAGUCACACCUGAAUGGCCUCAGUAAGAGAGCGAAGACCAUCAUACAGCUCAAACCUCGCAUCCCAACUCACCCUCUGAAAGCCAAUCUCCUGGUGCAGGCCGUGUGUGAUUACAAACAGAUGGAGAUUACAGUGAAUAAAGGAGAUGAGUACAUUCUGCUAAAUAACAGCCAACCCAAAAAAUGGAAAGUGGUGAGUGCGUCUGGCAAUGAAGCACUUGUACCAUCUGUCUGCUUCACAGUGCCACCCUCCAACAAGGAAGCUCUGGAUGCCAUCAGCAGGCUUGAGAGCAGUCACCAGACCAUCGUCAACAUGUGGCAUCAGCUUCACACUGACAUGCAGAGCCUACUACCCUGGCUAUAUCUCCACCGUGACAUGCAGCAUGUUCGCUCCUGGACCCUGCUCACGUUCCGGAGUUUGAACCCUGAAGAUUAUAAACAGAUUCUCUCAAACCUGGAGCAGCACUAUCAGGAGUUCAUGAGGCAAAGUCAAGAUUCACAAAUGUUUGGAGCAGAUGACCGAAUUCAGUUGGAGAGGGAAUACAAACUGACAACUCAGCACUACGAGAAACUACUGCAGAGCCUAGAGAGAGGUGAACAGGAUGAGGUGAGCUGUAAACAGUAUGUGACACAACUGAAGGACAUCCGGCUUCAGCUCGAGUCCUGUGAGAAGAGAACAAUCCGUAAGAUCCGUGAGCCACUGGACAAGGACCCGCUUGGAGAGUGUAAGCAGCGUCUCAACGAACAGCAGAAAAUCCACUUGGAGCUGGAAGGGAUUCAGAAGAAUCUGAAUACAGUGACAGAAAAGACAGAGCAAGUACUUGCCAUGCCAGAGCAGUUGAGCAGUGCACCCACACUGCGCUCUGAACUUGACCUGACCACCCAGAAGAUGGAUCGAGUCUACAGCCUCUCUGCUAUCUACCUGGAGAAAUUGAAGACUAUUGAGGUGGUCAUUCGCAGUACACAGGAAGCUGAAGAUCUGGUGAAGAAAUACGAGACUCGGUUAAGGGAGGUGAAUAGUGUCCCAGCUGACUCAGAGUCAUUGGAGUCCUACAAAAAACAGCUAAAGGGAAUGCGAGCAGAGGUCAGUAAUAACCAACAAAUCUUCAAUAACCUGGAGGGUGAGCUGAGCAAAGCCAAAGCAGUGAAUGAGCGAAUGAUUCGCAGUCACAGUGAGAGGGAUGUGGACCUGGAUCGAUACCGGGAGAGUGUGCAGCAACUCCUCGAGCACUGGCAGGGAAUCCAGAGCCAGAUCGAUACCCGAUCCCGGGAACUCGACCAACUGGGACGACACCUCACCUACUACCGCAGUGCUUAUGAUUGGCUGAUCCAGUGGAUUCGGGACACUAAACAACGUCAGGAGAAGAUCCAGGCUACACCAAUCAGAGACAGCAGCAGCUUGAAGCAGCAACUGCAGCAGGAACAGAAAGUGCUGCAGGAAGUUGAGAAAAACAGAGAGAAGGUGGACGAAUGUGAGAAAUUUGCUAAGCAGUACGUUGAUGCCAUCAAGGACUAUGAGCUGCAGCUGGUGACAUACAAAGCUCAGGUGGAACCUCUGGCAUCUCCAGUGAAGAAACAGAAAGUCACAUCAGCGUCAGACACCAUCAUCCAGGAGUAUGUGGACCUGAGGACUCGCUACAUUGAGCUGAUGACCCUGUCCAGCCAGUACAUCAAAUUCAUCACCAUUAACCUGCAGCGUCUCAAAACCGAGGAGAAAGCUGCAGAGGAGCUGAAAGCAGAAGAGCGUAAACGUUUGGAAGAAGUGGAGGCACAGUUAGAGAAACAGAAGCAGUUAGCUGCUGCUCAUGCCAAGGCCAAAGCUGAGGCUGAGAAGGAAGCGAAGGAGCUACAGCAGAGGAUAGAGGAAGAGGUGAACAAGAGAGAAGCAGUAGCAUUGAAUGCAGAGAACCAGAAGCAGAAUGUUCAACAAGAGUUAAACCAACUGAAAACCUCCUCCGAAAUUGAAAUCCAGAAAAAGACAAAGAUGGUGGAGGAAGUUCUGUUUAGCCGCACCAAGAUUGAGGAGGAGAUUCGAAUUAUCCAGUUACAAUUAGAGACUGCCCAGAAACAGAGAGAAUCUGCAGAGUUGGAACUGCAACAACUGAAAACACGAGCUGAAGAAGCGGAGAAACAGAGGAAAACAGCACAGGAUGAAGCUGAAAGACUGCGCAAACAGGUUAACGAGGAGUCCCAGAAGAAGAAGCAAGCAGAGGAGGAACUAAAGCUGAAGAUUCAAGCAGAAAAAGAUGCAGCCCGGGAGAAGCAAAAGGCUUUGGAGGACCUGCAACAUUUCAAGAACCAAGCUGCGGAUGUGGAGAGGAGAUUGAAGCAAGCAGAGCUGGAGAAAGAGAAACAGCUGAUGCUCGCUCAGGAAGUCGCUCAGAAAAGUGCUGCAGCUGAACUCCAGAGCAAACGCAUCUCAUUCGAGCAAAAAACAACAGAGCUGGAGUUAUCCCUGAAACAGGAACAUCAGACUGUGACCCAGUUACAGGAGGAGGCUGCACGGUUGAAGAGACACCAGGAGGAAGCAGAGAAUGCCAAGCAGGAAGCAGAGAAGGAGCUGGAGAAAUGGCGUCAGAAAGCCAACGAAGCCCUUCGAUUAAGACUGCAGGCAGAAGAAGUGGCUCACAAGAAGACACUGGCUCAAGAGGAAGCUGAAAGGCAGAAGGAAGAAGCUGAGCGUGAGGCCAGGAAGAGAGUGAAAACUGAGGAAUCAGCAGUAAGGCAGAAGGAAAUGGCUGAGCAGGAAUUGGAGAAACAGAGGAAGCUGGCCGAUGAAACAGCACAGCAGAAACUGUCCGCAGAGCAGGAGUUAAUCCGCCUGCGAGCACAGACUGAGAACGGGGAGCAGCAGAGGCUGCUGCUGGAGGAAGAACUGUACCGGCUGAAGAACGAGUUCAGUGAGGUUCUUCGCCAGAGGAAACUGUUGGAGGAGGAGCUGGCGAAGGUGAAAGCGGAGAUGGAGAUCCUGAUGCAGCUGAAAUUGAAAACUGAGGAGGAAACCAGAUCAACAACAGAAAAGACCAAACAAAUGCUGGAGACAGAGGCACAGAAGAUGAAAGAGCUGGCAGAUGAGGCAGCGAAGCUGCGAUCUGCAACAGAGGAAGCCAAACGUCUGAGACAGAUUGCUGAAGAUGAAGCUAGUCACCAGAGGAGUGAGGCUGAGAGGAUCCUGAAGGAGAAACUCGCUACCAUUAAUGAUGCUACCCGCUUAAAGACAGAGGCAGAAAUGGCUCUGAAGGAGAAGGAGGCUGAAAAUGAACGUUUGCGAAGGAUGGCCGAGGAUGAGGCCUAUCAACGGAAGCUACUGGAAGAACAGGCAAUGCAGCACAAGCAAGAUAUUGAGGAAAGGAUUGCUCAGCUAAGGAAGAGCUCGGACCUUGAAUUGGACAGGCAGAAAGGCAUUGUGGAGGAGACUUUGAAACAGAGGAGAAUCAUUGAGGAAGAGAUUCGCAUCCUCAAACUGAACUUUGAGAAGGCUUCAGAAGGCAAGUCUGAUCUGGAAAUUGAGCUGAACAAGUUGAAGAAUAUUGCUGAGGAAACUCAACGCAGCAAGAAAGAGGCGGAGGAGGAGGCUGAGAAACAGCGAGCAAGGGCCUUGGAAGAAGCAAAGAAGAGGCAAGAGGCGGAACGCAAAGUCAAAGAAAUCCUUGCAGCUGAGGAAGAGGCUGCUCGGCAACGCAAGGUGGCACUGGAUGAGGUCGAGCGACUGAAGAAAAAGUCAGAGGAAGCCUGGAAACAGAAGGAGCUGUCAGAGAAAGAGGCAGAGAGGCAGAUCAGCCUGGCACAAGAGGCUGCUCAAAAACGUAUUGAUGCUGAGGAAAGAGCUCACUUAGCAGCAGUGCAGCAGAAGGAACAGGAGCUGCUACAGACCAAGAAACAGGAGAAGACAAUAGUAGACAAUCUAAAGGAACAGGCUGAGAAUGCCAAGCGCCUGGCAGAAGAGGCAGAGCAGGCACGGCUGAGAGCUGAACAAGAGGCAGCUUUCAGUCGCCAACAGGCAGAAGAAGCUGAGAGAUUGAAGGAACAGGCAGAGAAAGAGGCUCAGGAAAAAGCCAGGGCUCAGCAAGAUGCUGAAAAGAGAAGGAAGGAGGCAGAAUUUGAAGCUGCCAAGAGAUUAAAAGCCGAGGAGGCAGCUCUGAAACAGAAACAACUGGCUGACGCAGACAUGGAGAAACACAAGAAGUUUGCAGAGCAAACACUGCGGCAGAAAUCGAGUGUGGAACAAGAACUGACAAAAGUUAAACUGCAGUUGGAGGAUACAGACCACCAGAAAUCCGUCUUAGAUGAGGAGUUACAACGUUUGAAAUCCGAGGUGACAGAGGCCAUUAAACAAAAGACUCAAGCUGAAGAUGAACUCUACAAAGUCAAAAUCCACAUGGAAGAGCUCAUCAAACUGAAGACAAGGAUUGAAGAGGAAAACAAGAUGCUGGUUUUGAAAGAUAAGGACAACAUGCAGAAGCAUCUGGCUGAAGAAGCAGAGAAGAUGAAGAAGCUAGCUGAGGAGGCAGCCAGGCUAAGUGUUGAGGCACAAGAAUCAGCCCGUCAGAGGAAGCUGGCAGAGGAAGAUUUGGCACAGCAGAGGACACUGGCUGAUAAGAUGUUAAAGGAAAAGAUGCAGGCCAUUCAGGAAGCAAAUCAACUGAAAGCAGAGGCAGAAAUGCUGCAAAAACAGAGAGACCAAGCUGAGGAACAGGCAAAGAAACUGUCAGCAGACAAACUGCAGAUGCAGCAGAGGCUGGAAGCAGAGGCUGAAGAAUUCCAAAAGCGUCUACUGACGGAACGUCAACGGCAGAUUGAGAUCAGUGAGGAAGCUCAGCACCUGAAGACUUUAGUCUCAGAGCUGUCUGAGGCUCAGGCCAAAGCAGAGCAGGAAGCUAAGAAAUUCAAAGCCGAAGCAAAAGAGAUCAGUUUGAAGCUUUCUGAUAUAGAACAGGCAACGAGAGAGAAGGCCAGCACAGUGGAGAGACUCGAACUGCAGUGGGUCCAGAGUAAGAAAGAAGCCAGUGAGCUACAGGACGCCAUCGCAGUGUUGGAGAGUGAAAAAGAGAAACUGAAACAAGAGGCAGAUCUACUCCAACAGAAAGCAAAGGAGAUGGAAGCAGGGCAGAAGAAGGAAAUUGCUGAGACCACUCAGAUUCUUCAACAAACCUUUAUCAGCGAGAAAGAGCUCCUGCUAAAGAAGGAAAAGAUGGUUGAAGAGGAAAAGAAGAGGUUAGAGCGACUUUACGAAGAUGAAUUGAAGAAAUCUCAAUCCCUGAAGGAUGAACAAAGUGAACAAAUGAAGAAACUGGAGGAUGAGAAAUGCAGGCUUCAGGCGAGUAUGGAGGAGGCAUUGAGAAAGCAACAGAAGGCUGAGGAUCUGGUUCAUGCUAAGCAAAAGGAAUUGCAGGAAAUGGAAGAGAAAAGACAGCAGAAAGAGAAGCAGCUGGCUGAGGAAAAUCGGAUACUGAGAGAGCAACUGGAAGCGCAGAAGAAGAUGAAAGAGAUGGCUCCAAUUGAGCAAGUGACAGUGACUUCAGUGAAGGCCAUUUCCAAUGGCAGAGAUGUGGUUGAUUCAGUUCCUGAAAGUGAAGACACCAAACUCAUUUUCACUGGCCUUCGCCAGCCAGUAACGGCCAGUCGUCUACAGCAAGCUGGUAUCUUGAGCAAGAAACAGUUGGACAAACUGAAGAAGGGUUCAUUAACAGUACAGGAACUCUCCAAAAAGGAAAAUCUGAAGAAUUAUCUGCAGGGCAAGAGCUGCAUUGCUGGUCUCAUCAUUGAGCCCAGAAAUGAGAAAAUGAGCAUCUAUCAGGCAAUGAAGCAGGGAUUAUUGAAACCCACUACAGCUACAACACUGCUUGAGGCACAGGCAGCUUCUGGCUUCAUCAUUGACCCCAUUAAAAACAAGAAGUUGCCAGUGAAUGAGGCCAUUAAGGAAGCUGUGGUUGGACCAGAGCUUCAGGAAAAGCUGCUGUCUGCAGAGAGGGCAGUGACUGGUUACAGGGAUCCCUACACGGGAGAGACAAUCUCCCUGUUUGAAGCAAUGAAGAAAGAUCUCAUCAGUGCAAACCAUGCAAUAUGCCUACUGCAAGCUCAGAUGGCAACGGGUGGAAUCAUUGACCCUUUGAACAGUCAUCGACUGCCCUUGGAGCAGGGCUAUAAGCAAGGCAUCAUCGAUGAGGACAUGAACAGAACACUUGCCAGUGACAGCGAUGAAACCAAAGGAUAUUUUGACCCCAAUACCCAGGAAUACCUUACUUACUUCCAACUGAUGGACAGAUGUCAAAAGGACUCAGAAACUGGACUCUGUCUCUUGCCAUUGACUGAUGAAGCAGUGAGAUACAAGGGAGGUUAUACAACAGAGCAAACACGUGACAUCUUCAGCACAGCCACAGUGUCUGUCCCAUCUGGAAAAUUCUCUGGUAAAACAGUAACAAUCUGGGAAUUGAUAAACUCUGAGUAUUUCACAGAGGAUCAACGUCGGGACCUUAUCCGACAAUACAGAUCAGGAAAAGUGACUAUUGAAAGCAUCAUCAAAUAUAUCAUUACAAUAAUUGAUGAGGCUGAAGCAAAAAAGCAACUUCUCUUCGAAGGACUUCGAGACAAAGUUACUGCCAGUGAGUUACUCGAAUCGAAGAUCAUUGAUAAGAAAACAUUUGAUGGACUUCAGAAGGGAAAAGCAACACCAGAAGAUGUUGGUAAGGUGGAUUCAGUGAAGAGGUUCCUACAGGGGUCAGAUGGUAUUGCUGGAGUGUUUAUUGAACCUACAAAGGCGAAGAUGAGCUUUUAUGAAGCAAUGAAGAAGAAUUUGUUGAGUCCGAGCACAGCAGAGGCCCUACUGGAGGCUCAGGCAGGCUCAGGGUUUAUUGUUGACCCUGUGAGGAAUCGAACUGUCACUGUCGAUGAGGCAGUUAAAGAAGGUUUGGUGGGCCCAGAGCUCCAUGAGAAACUCCUGUCUGCAGAGAAAGCUGUGACUGGAUACACCGACCCCUACACUGGCCACAAAAUCUCCUUAUUUGAAGCAAUGCAGAAGGACCUCAUACCCAAGAAAUACGGUGUCCCUCUCCUGGAUGCCCAGUUGGCAUCAGGAGGUAUCAUUGACCCAGUGACCAGCCACCGUCUGCCCAUUGAUGUGGCCUACAAGAGGGGCAUGUUGGAUGAGAAGAUGAGUGAAAUGUUGUCCACGUCCAGCGAUGAUGUUAAAGGCUUCACUGAACCAAACACAGACGAACGAGUCACAUACCGACAGCUGAAGGAGAAAUGUCGAACUGAUCCCGAGACAACACUUGCCCUGUUACCAUUGACUGAAGAGGCAAUUAAACGUGUAGAUGUACACUCUGAGGAGGUGACUAAAGAGGUUUUCCAAAAGGCUUCAGUGUCUGUCCCAUCUGGAAAAUUCUCUGGUAGAACAGUCACCAUCUGGGAAUUGAUAAACUCUGAGUAUUUCACUGAAGAACAACGUCGGGACCUUAUCCGACAAUACAGAUCAGGAAAAGUGACUGUGGAAAAGAUCAUUACAAUAGUUGUCACAAUCAUUGAGGAAACUGAGGUGAAGAAAAAGUCACAAAUAACAUUUGAUGGACUUCGAGACAAAGUUCCUGCCAGUGAGUUACUCGAAUCGAAGAUCAUUGAUAAGAAAACAUUUGAGGGGCUUCAGAAGGGAAAAGCAACACCAGAAGAUGUUGGUAAGGUGGAUUCAGUGAAGAGGUUCCUACAGGGGUCAGACAGUAUCGCCGGAGUGUUUAUUGAACCUACAAAUGUGACGAUGAGCUUUUAUGAAGCAAUGAAGAAGAAUUUGUUGAGUCCGAGCACAGCAGAGUCCUUAUUGGAGGCUCAGGCAGGCUCAGGGUUUAUUGUUGACCCUGUGAGGAAUCGAACCCUCACUGUCGAUGAGGCAGUUAAAGAAGGUCUGGUGGGCCCAGAGCUCCAUGAAAAACUCCUGUCUGCAGAGAAAGCUGUGACCGGAUACACCGACCCCUACAGUGGCCUCAAAAUCUCCUUAUUUGAAGCAAUGGAGAAGAACCUUCUUCAGAGGGAACACGGAAUACGUCUCUUGGACGCCCAGUUGUCAUCUGGAGGUAUCAUUGACCCAGUGACCAGCCAUCGUCUGCCCAUUGAUGUGGCCUACAAGAGGGGCAUGUUAGGUGAGGAGAUGACUCACAUGUUGUCUACUCCCAGUGAUGACAAUAAAGGAUUUUAUGAUCCAAACACAGAGGAGACCCUCACUUACCAAAAACUGAAGGACCGAUGUAUAAAGGAUGACACAACUGGGCUCUACCUGCUGCCUUUGAGUGAGAAAGCUGUUACCUUAAAACCGGCUUACGAUGAGGAACAGACAAAAGAUACUUUUAAAAAGACAACAGUGUCAGUUCCUGCUGGUGCAUUCACUGGGAAGACAGUCACUAUCUGGGAGCUGAUUAAUUCCGAGUAUUUCACUGAGGAACAAAGGAGGGACCUGAUUCGACAAUACAGAUCAGGAAAGGUCACAGUAGAGAAGAUCAUCAGAAUUGUUAUCACGGUGAUUGAAGAAAAAGAAGCGAAGAAGAAACCACAGCUUCUCUUCGAAGGACUUCGAGACAAAGUUCCUGCCAGUGAGUUACUCGAAUCGAAGAUCAUUGAUAAGAAAACAUUUGAUGGACUUCAGAAGGGAAAAGCAACACCAGAAGAUGUUGGUAAGGUGGAUUCAGUGAAGAGGUUCCUACGGGGGUCAGACAGCAUCGCCGGAGUGUUUAUUGAACCUACAAAUGUGACGAUGAGCUUUUAUGAAGCAAUGAAGAAGAAUUUGUUGAGUCCGAGCACAGCAGAGUCCUUAUUGGAGGCUCAGGCAGGCUCAGGGUUUAUUGUUGACCCUGUGAGGAAUCGAACCCUCACUGUCGAUGAGGCAGUUAAAGAAGGUCUGGUGGGCCCAGAGCUCCAUGAGAAACUCCUGUCUGCAGAGAAAGCUGUGACCGGAUACACUGACCCCUACACUGGCCACAAAAUCUCCUUAUUUGAAGCAAUGCAGAAGGACCUCAUACCCAAGAAAUACGGUGUCCCUCUCCUGGACGCCCAGUUGGCAUCAGGAGGUAUCAUUGACCCAGUGACCAGCCACCGUCUGCCCAUUGAUGUGGCCUACAAGAGGGGCAUGUUGGAUGAGGAGAUGAGUGAAAUGUUGUCCACGUCCAGCGAUGAUGUUAAAGGCUUCACUGAACCAAACACAGACGAACGUGUCACAUACCGACAGCUGAAGGAGAAAUGUCGAACUGAUCCCGAGACAUCACUUGCCCUGUUACCAUUGACUGAAGAGGCAAUUAAACGUGUAGAUGUACACUCUGAGGAGGUGACUAAAGAGGUUUUCCAAAAGGCUUCAGUGUCUGUCCCAUCUGGAAAAUUCUCUGGUAGAACAGUCACCAUCUGGGAAUUGAUAAACUCUGAGUAUUUCACUGAAGAACAACGUCGGGACCUUAUCCGACAAUACAGAUCAGGAAAAGUGACUGUGGAAAAGAUCAUUACAAUAGUUGUCACAAUCAUUGGUGAGACUGAAGCUAAAAGGCAGCCUCAGUUUGAUGGACUUCGAGACAAAGUUCCUGCCAGUGAGUUACUCGAAUCGAAGAUCAUUGAUAAGAAAACAUUUGAGGGGCUUCAGAAGGGAAAAGCAACACCAGAAGAUGUUGGCAAGUUGGAUUCAGUGAAGAGGUUCCUACAGGGGUCAGACAGUAUCGCCGGAGUGUUUAUUGAACCUACAAAGGCGAAGAUGAGCUUUUAUGAAGCAAUGAAGAAGAAUUUGUUGAGUCCAAGCACAGCAGAGUCCUUAUUGGAGGCUCAGGCAGGCUCAGGGUUUAUUGUUGACCCUGUGAGGAAUCGAACUCUCUCUGUCGAUGAGGCAGUUAAAGAAGGUCUGGUGGGCCCAGAGCUCCAUGAAAAACUCCUGUCUGCAGAGAAAGCUGUGACCGGAUACACCGACCCCUACACUGGCCACAGAAUCUCCUUAUUUGAAGCAAUGCAGAAGAACCUUCUUCAGAGGGAACACGGAAUACGUCUCUUGGACGCCCAGUUGUCAUCUGGAGGUAUCAUUGACCCAGUGACCAGCCAUCGUCUGCCCAUUGAUGUGGCCUACAAGAGGGGCAUGUUAGGUGAGGAGAUGACUCACAUGUUGUCUACUCCCAGUGAUGACAAUAAAGGAUUUUAUGAUCCAAACACAGAGGAGACCCUCACUUACCAAAAACUGAAGGACCGAUGUAUAAAGGAUGACACAACUGGGCUCUACCUGCUGCCUUUGAGUGAGAAAGCUGUUACCUUAAAACCGGCUUACGAUGAGGAACAGACAAAAGAUACUUUUAAAAAGACAACAGUGUCAGUUCCUGCUGGUGCAUUCACUGGGAAGACAGUCACUAUCUGGGAGCUGAUUAAUUCCGAGUAUUUCACUGAGGAACAAAGGAGGGACCUGAUUCGACAAUACAGAUCAGGAAAGGUCACAGUAGAGAAGAUCAUCAGAAUUGUUAUCACGGUGAUUGAAGAAAAAGAAGCGAAGAAGAAACCACAGCUUCUCUUCGAAGGACUUCGAGACAAAGUUCCUGCCAGUGAGUUACUCGAAUCGAAGAUCAUUGAUAAGAAAACAUUUGAGGGGCUUCAGAAGGGAAAAGCAACACCAGAAGAUGUUGGUAAGGUGGAUUCAGUGAAGAGGUUCCUACAGGGGUCAGAUGGUAUCGCCGGAGUGUUUAUUGAACCUACAAAUGUGACGAUGAGCUUUUACGAAGCCAUGAAGAAGAAUUUGUUGAGUCUGAGCACAGCAGAGGCCCUACUGGAGGCUCAGGCAGGCUCAGGGUUUAUUGUUGACCCUGUGAGAAAUCGAACUCUCACUGUCGAUGAGGCAGUUAAAGAAGGUCUGGUGGGCCCAGAGCUCCAUGAGAAACUCCUGUCUGCAGAGAAAGCUGUGACUGGAUACACCGACCCCUACACUGGCCACAAAAUCUCCUUAUUUGAAGCAAUGCAGAAGGACCUCAUACCCAAGAAAUACGGUGUCCCUCUCCUGGAUGCCCAGUUGGCAUCAGGAGGUAUCAUUGACCCAGUGACCAGCCACCGUCUGCCCAUUGAUGUGGCCUACAAGCGGGGCAUGUUGGAUGAGGAGAUGAGUGAAAUGUUGUCCACGUCCAGCAAUGAUGUUAAAGGCUUCACUGAACCAAACACAGACGAACGAGUCACAUACCGACAGCUGAAGGAGAAAUGUCGAACUGAUCCCGAGACAUCACUUGCCCUGUUACCAUUGACUGAAGGGGCAAUUAAACGUGUAGAUGUACACCCUGAGGAGGUGACUAAAGAGGUUUUCCAAAAGGCUUCAGUGUCUGUCCCAUCUGGAAAAUUCUCUGGUAGAACAGUCACCAUCUGGGAAUUGAUAAACUCUGAGUAUUUCACUGAAGAACAACGUCGGGACCUUAUCCGACAAUACAGAUCAGGAAAAGUGACUGUGGAAAAGAUCAUUACAAUAGUUGUCACAAUCAUUGAGGAAACUGAGGUGAAGAAAAAGUCACAAAUAACAUUUGAUGGACUUCGAGACAAAGUUCCUGCCAGUGAGUUACUCAAAUCGAAGAUCAUUGAUAAGAAAACAUUUGAGGGGCUUCAGAAGGGAAAAGCAACACCAGAAGAUGUUGGUAAGGUGGAUUCAGUGAAGAGGUUCCUACAGGGGUCAGACAGUAUCGCCGGAGUGUUUAUUGAACCUACAAAGGCGAAGAUGAGCUUUUAUGAAGCAAUGAAGAAGAAUUUGUUGAGUCCGAGCACAGCAGAGUCCUUAUUGGAGGCUCAGGCAGGCUCAGGGUUUAUUGUUGAUCCUGUGAGGAAUCGAACCCUCACUGUCGAUGAGGCAGUUAAAGAAGGUCUGGUGGGCCCAGAGCUCCAUGAAAAACUCCUGUCUGCAGAGAAAGCUGUGACUGGAUACACCGACCCCUACACUGGCCACAAAAUCUCCUUAUUUGAAGCCAUCAGCAAGGAUCUUGUCCCUAAGGGUAAUGGCAUCCGUCUCCUUGAGGCACAGAUUGCCACAGGAGGUAUCAUUGACCCCGUGCACAGUCACCGACUGCCUGUCGAUGUGGCCUAUCAACGAGGAAUGUUUGAUGCGGAGAUGAAUAAGAUUCUUUCCGAUGUCGGGGAUGAUAGCAAAGGGUUUCUUGACCCCAACACUGAUGAAGACCUCACCUAUCAGCAGCUAAAGGAGAGGUGUUUAGUAGAUCCGGAGACAGGACUCCAUCUUAUCCCAGUGAAGGACAGCGAGAUACCCAAAGUGGUUGAAAAUCUGGUGCACAGUGAAGUUGAAACAAGGGAGGUAUUUGAGAACACAACAGUGGAGCUUCCUGAGGGCAUCUUCAGUGGGAAAUCCAUGUCCGUUUGGGAAAUCCUGAACUCUGAGUUAAUUACCGAGAAAGAGAGGCUCAAGUUAACAAGGGACUACCGUUCAGGAAAAAUCACACGCGAGCGAUUGGUUGUGGUAAUUAUUGAGAUUAUUCAGCAGGUAGAAAUCCGCAGAGGGUAUGAAAUGAUUACAUUUAAUACCUUCAGGAGCAAGAUCACAGCUGAUCAGCUUUAUUCCUCUAAAAUCAUUGACCUGGAAACAUUGAAUAUGCUGAAGGACAAGCGAUUAACUGUGCAGCAGGUCUGUGAGAUCGAGUCAGUGAGGAAGUACCUGUUUGGAACCGGAGCUAUCAGUGGGAUUUACAAAUUUGCUGGGAAGGAAGUGUUGACGCUAUAUGAAGCGAUGAAGAAGGGUUUGGUGAAACCUGAGAUCACUGAUGCUCUUUUAGAAGCCCAGGCUGCCACUGGGUUCAUGCUGGAUCCAGUAAAGAAUAAGAGGCUGUCUGUAGAUGAGGCUGUGAGAGAAGGUCUGGUGGGUCCUGAGCUCCACGACAGACUGCUAUCAGCUGAACGAGCUGUCACUGGAUACCGGGACCCUUACACUGGGAAAGGCAUCUCACUUUUCCAAGCCAUGAAGAAAGGCCUCAUUGCAAAGGAGUAUGUCCUGAGGCUACUGGAUGCCCAGUUGGUCACAGGUGGCAUUAUUGACCCAGAAUACAGUUACCACCUUCCUCUGGAGAUAGCCUAUCAGCGUGGUUACCUUGACCGUGAGACGUACAGCCUGCUGACUGAUCCCACUGAGCGGCCACAAGGGUUCCGUGACCCCAGCACUGAAGAGCCGAUGAGUUACAGUCAGCUGAUGAAGCGGUGCAAGGUGGAUGAAAACACAGGACAUCGCCUGUUGACCCUGACGGACAGGAAGAAAUUGGUAUUUAAAGGUCUCAGGAAACAGAUCACAAUGGAGGAACUUGUUGCAUCAGACAUCAUCACAAGUUCUGAUGCUGCACAGCUACUGGAAGGUGAAAUCACUGUGGAGGAAGUCAGUGACAGUAUCAAGAAAUAUUUGGAAGGCACCAGUUGUAUUUCAGGAGUGUUUGUUGAAGCUACCAAAGAGAGAUUAACCAUUUACCAAGCCAUGAAGAAGGGUAUGAUUCGACCUGGGACAGCCUUUGAGUUGUUAGAGGCUCAAGCAGCAACAGGUUACAUGAUUGACCCCAUUAAAAAUCUGAAAUUAACGGUUAGUGAUGCUGUGAAAAUGGGAGUGGUGGGUCCAGAGUUUAAGGAUAAGCUUCUGUCAGCUGAGAGGGCCGUUACUGGUUAUAGAGAUCCUUAUUCAGGUGAACUGCUCUCUCUGUUUCAAGCCAUGCAGAAAAAUCUGAUUCUAAAAGAUCACGGGAUUCGUUUAUUGGAAUCACAGAUCGCUACAGGUGGGAUCAUUGACCCAGAGUACAGUCACCGUCUGCCUGUAGAGGUGGCCUACAAACGAGGCCUGUUUGAUGAGGAAAUGAAUAAGAUCUUGUCAGACCCAGGUGAUGAUACAAAGGGCUUUUUUGAUCCAAAUACUGAGGAAAACCUCACUUACCUGCAGCUGAAGGAGCGUUGUGUAGUUGAUUCUGAUACUGGACUCUGUUUACUCAUCCUGAAAGACAAGAGGAGAGAGAGGAAAACUUCAUCCAAAUCAUCUGUUCGCAAACGGCGAGUGGUCAUAGUUGAUCCUGAAACUGGCAAAGAGAUGUCUGUUUACGAAGCUUAUCGUAAAGGAUUGAUUGAUCAUCAGACUUACACAGAGCUAUCUGAACAGGAAUGUGAAUGGGAGGAAGUGACAAUCUCUUCAUCCGAUGGUGUGGUGAAGUCAGUAAUCACUGACAGACGAUCAGGACGACAGUAUGAUAUCGAUGAUGCACUGUCCAGAGGGCUGAUUGACCAAGGUUCUUUAGACUUGUAUCGCUCUGGAGCUUUAUCCAUCACGGAAUUUGCUGAUAUGUUGUCUGGAAACAUGAGUGGGUUCCGCUCAAGGACUUCCUCAGUUGGCUCCUCAUCUUCAUACACAAGCCAACAAACAAGUCCCAUGAGAAGUCAGAUGGUCACAUGGAAUGAUCCAGUUGAGGAAACAUGUCCAGUUGCUGGCAUCUUGGACACAGAUACGCUCGAGAAAGUCUCCAUCACAGAAGCUAUGCAUCGUAACUUGGUGGAUAACAUCAGUGGUCAGAGGUUAUUGGAAGCUCAGGCCUGUACUGGUGGAAUCAUUGAUCCUGCGACAGGAGAGAAAUAUUCAGUCACAGAUGCUGUUGCUCACUCCCUUGUGGACAAGAUCAUGGUCGACAGGAUCAACCUGGCUCAGAAAGCAUUCAAUGGAUUUGAAGAUCCAAGAACCAAGACAAAAAUGUCUGCUGCUCAGGCUUUGAAGAAAGGCUGGCUAUAUUAUGAAGCAGGCCAGCGAUUCCUGGAGGUGCAGUACCUGACUGGUGGACUGAUUGAGCCUGAUGUGCCGGGGCGAGUGUCUCUGGAUGAAGCUUUACAAAAAGGCACCAUUGAUGCCCGCACUGCCCAAAAACUGAGGGAUGUUGGAGCUCAUACAAAGUAUAUAACCUGUCCCAAAACCAAACUGAAGAUUUCCUACAAAGAUGCAAUGGACCGAUCGAUGAUUGAAGAAGGGACAGGCCUGCGUUUGCUUGAAGCAUCAUCACAAUCGACCAAAGGUUUCUACAGUCCCUACAACAUCAGCGGAGCUGGUUCUUCCGCAGGUUCUCGAUCAGGUUCAAGAACUGGAUCUAGAACAGGCUCUAGGCGGGGGAGCUUUGAUGCUUCAGGAUCCAGUUACUCCAUGUCCUUCUCAUCUUCCUCAUACACAUCGUCCAGUUAUGGCCGCAGAUUGGCCACCGCAGUUCCCGGAGGGCGGGAGACAGUGACCAUGUCCCUGAGCUCUCAGCCGCUCCAUAACACAGAUGAGAACUCCCUGUUUACCCAGUCCCAGCUUCUACAGGUGUCAAUGAUGUAGCAAGACCACUGUCGCCAGGUCCCCUUCCCCAUCAUCCUGCUCCACAACUAGCAAAUGACCAAGCAAGUGUCUCUACAAAGGACAGCAAGGGACACCAUUAUUCUGAUAAAAAUGUUUGAGGGAAAUUUAUUUUAAUUUUCAAUCACCUCAGUCCCUCUGAGUUUUAAAUAGUCUUGUGAUUUAAAAUUAAUCCAGUGGAAUGUAUAUGUUUGGAACAAGAAGAGACAAUUUAUCUAGAUCUGAUUUAUCUCCAUUUCCCAAAUGGACUAAUGGUGUUGCUAUUUGUGAAGCAGGAAGACUAACCUGAAACCACUGCUGCCAUAUGCUGAUCUUACCCUGUCAGUGGGGAGGAGUUCAAUAUCCAAACCUCAUAACUUUCUUGAUGAAUGCACUGACCCACAGUGUGACCGGAUAUCUCGCUUUCUAUUUUAAAAUCAAUAUGCUGCAAGUAUUAAUAGCUUCUCUUCCAUUGAACUAUAAUAAAGACUUGAUGCUGUUUGAAAAGAAACCAAAUAUUAACAAGGUGCCGUCUUUCGAAUUUAUUGAACCCUCCGUGGAGUUGGGGGUUCCCGUCUGCUUCAGGAAAACUCCAGCCAACUCUUCCCUUAAACCAUGUGUCUCCACUGCACUGACUGUUUUAAUGACCAUUGAGAUCUGAGACUCCUCAUGUGAACCAGGACAGCUCUGAACAGCCUUCUAGAGAAGCCAGCCUGUAGUUGCUGAGCCAGCCCUGCUCUGCCUGACAUCUCUCUGUGGACACAAACUGACUGGUGCUCACUUCGAGAUUCCUCCUGGCUCCCCUUAUUGCAGCCAAUUCAUAGUAGCUCCAUUGCACCUUGUUCCAGGGAGUGAUGUCAGUGACACAGUGACUGAGAGCAAAACAAAAACAGGCCCAAGCGCAGACAGAACCUCUCAAAGGCUGUCACACCAGAACAUUCCGGAAACUCAGCGGACACCAGGACCGGCUCACAGGAGGCUCAUCGUUCCUGAAAGUUGGGGCCGUGAACUCAGUAUCCAGUCAGAGGACUCACAGGGAGCUGAAAUGGAGCUCAGAUACCAUCCCAUCAGCGAGACAAGCACUGUCCAAGCCAUCACUUUGCCCACCUCUCUCUGUUACCUUUCAGCUCGGUGCAUUACUCAUCCCCUUUAUGUUGUUCAUGUAUUGUGUUUUUAUUCUGACCUGCAUGCCUUACUAACUCAGUCAGGAGAAUCCCUCGCGUUUGAAUAAGCCUGUUUGAUAUAAACAGUGCAUUUAACACACUAACUGAUGCGAUCCAGAAAACCCCCUGGAGAUUAAACACCUCCAUCAGCUGUACAGAAGAUAAGUUGUUAAAAGAAACCUUGAUGCAAGGGACAAUUAAAAUAACAUUAAUAUAUAAAACAAAGUGAACUUUUCCGCAAA